AUGGCGGAUGUCGAAAAGGCCGAGAGCGGCCGGUCAUCGAGCGCCGACAACGACGACGAAACGAUCGCCGCCGAGGACGAUGCGACCUUUCAGCGCAUCCGAACGGGGGCCAGCGCCGGUGCGCGCUCGCUACGCUCCCUGAGCCGAAAUAGGAGCAACAACGGCUACGGCGUCGACGACCUGGACAGCAGCGACGACAGCCCUUCGCAGGAACCCGAAAAGGACCCCUUUGAAGUAUCUUUUGACGGCGGCGACAGCGACCCCAUGUGUCCGCGCAGCAUGAGCAAACUCAGGAAAUGGGUGAUUGUCUCGAUUGUGUCUCUCGCCAGUACAUGCGUCACUGCUGCUAGUUCCAUUUACACAUCGACGUACGCGCAAAUGAACGCCGAGUUCGGGAUAUCGAAACUCGUGUCUACAGUUGGUUUGUCCGUGUUUGUACUGGGCAUCUCGCUCGGCCCAAUGCUUCUGAGCCCUCUCUCCGAGUUCUACGGGCGCCGGCCCAUCUACCUGGUUUCCUGGGUGAUGUAUCUCAUCUGGAUCAUCCCGUCCGCCGUCAGCAAGAACAUCACAACCAUGAUCAUCGCCCGAUUCCUCGACGGUCUUACUGGCUCAGCGUUCCUGUCGGUGUCCGGGGGCAGUGUUGGCGAUCUCUUUGCGCGUCACGAGCUUCAGGCGCCGAUGCUCAUGUACUCGCUCGCCCCCUUCAUUGGCCCGUGUAUUGGACCGCUGAUUGGUGGCUUCAUCAACACGUACCUUCACUGGCGCUGGACCUACUACGUGCUCAUCAUCAUCACGUUUGUUCUGCUGUUGGCCAUCGUCGUAUUGGUGCCCGAGACAUAUCAUCCGAUCGUCUUGCGGACGAAGGCGCGCAAGAUCCGAAAAGAGACAGGUGACGAGCGCUGGAAGGCCCCCGUCGAGAAGAUGACCAAGUCCAUCCCCAAGACGAUCGGCCUGUCGCUGCUGCGGCCCUUCCAGCUGCUCAUCUACGAGCCCAUGAUGCUCAACCUGUGCGUCUUCUGCGCCAUCCUCCUCGGCAUCCUGUACCUCUUCUUCGGCGCCUUCCCGCUCGUCUUCACGACCAACCACGGCUUCAACCUCUGGCAGGUCGGUCUCACCUUCCUGGGCCUCCUGGUGGGCAUGCUCUUGGCGGCCGCGACCGACCCCUUGUGGCACCGCAUCCGCAGCCGGCUCAUGGCGGACCUGGAAAAGGAGACGGGCGUUGAGGGGGCCAGCGAGCCCGAAUUUCGCCUUCCUCCUGUGAUUUGCGGCGCAUUCCUCGUAACCAUUGGGCUGUUCAUCUUCGCGUGGACGACCUUCCCCUGGAUACACUGGAUUGUGCCAAUCAUCGGAAGCGCAAUCUUUGGCGCGGGGUGA